AUGAUCCACGCCGCCACGAUUCUUGUCGCCGCCCUCGCCACGUCUGCCGCCGCCGCCGACGUCUUUGGCCCAGAGAGCCUCGACCUUGUCCGCGAGUUUGAGGAGUGGAAGGCCAGCGAGGUCGGCCAGCAGGCCAUCGAGAGCGGCUUUGUGCCGACAAUCGAGGCCAACGGCCGCCAGGAAGGCGCCGAGUCGGAAGACGCGAUCCAGCUCGAGCGCUUCCAGGAGACCAAGAAGAUCGUCGAGCAGCUCAACAAGGAGCACCCCGAGGCCGAGUUCUCGGUGCACAACCCUUUGCGGCUUUUGUCAUGA